AUGACUACCCUUAUCCUUACAAACAUCAUAUAUACAAAAAAGUCCAAUGUUUUACACCUCGAAAAAUCUAUUAAAUUUGGAAAUGACGAAUCUUUUGACGAAGGAGGAGAAAUCAUGGAAAUUGAAAAGAGUUUCGUCCCGUUUCCACCUAGACCAAAGGAGUUCUCGAACAAAAUUAGUGGAAUUGUGGAGGGAAAUAGGAUACGAAGAAAUUUGUAUCUUAUAGAAUUAGGCUUCGAACUAAGCAACAAAGGUCGUUAUUUUCAACAUCGAAUGGGCCUUUUGCCCGCCUAA